AUGGCGACGGCGACCGCAGAGGCCGACUCCAAAGAGUCCUCUGCUCAUCCUCAUCCUCAACCUCAGCCGCAGCCUCAACCGCAGGCCCAGACACAGGCUCAGAACCCCGAUCCAAAGCCAUCCUCCCCUUAUGGUUAUCUCUUCGGCCCAGACAAGGCUCCAACACCGAUUCUCGAUGCUCUCCUUCGCGCUAUCGCCCAACAUAUUAUUCGCGAUAUUGGCGAUAGACAUGUUCAAGCCUUGACCCCCCAAAAGCUGGCAGCCUUCUAUAAGGCCGUUGGUGGUAACUAUGACUCCCUAUUUGUCGAUAUGCCAUUUCCCGCCAUAUCCUACAUUUGGCAGGUCACCGGCUGCCAGCACUCCAUGCAGCCCUCCGACAACGACUUCGACGCCCCUUCCGUCCCAGCCUUGACCCUUCGUGGCUUCGUUCGAUGGGAGUCGAUCGAGAUACUGCUGAGCCCCGAGGAACACGUACCUUUCAUCCAGCAGGCCGUCAAGAGCUGGAACCUGAAGCAUCCCGAGACGGGCGAACCCUUCCCCCCAGAUCUACCCGCAGAUGCACUGCCCAGCGAGCCAGACGCCGGAAUCGAGAAAUGGCACAAGAAAUGCGCUGAAAAACUGAGGAAGGCAGCAGUGCCAGACGAGGAGCCGGCAUCACCAAAGACUGCCCCUGCUCGCCCAGCAGAAAGAGACGAGCCGAGAGUGAAGGCAGCAUACGUGCACGUCCGAAAUCCCUACCCGCCCAAGGGAUCACCGAAGCCCUCACCUCCGCCUCGUGGUCCUCAGGCAGACUACUUCGUUCCGCCAGGCCGACCACCAGUUGCUUACAGCCAUGUUCCUGGGGGUCACGCCGCGAAUCGGUACCCCCCAUCUCGCCUCAAUAUUCCCCAGAGGACCCCAGACCAAGAUCGAUUCAGAGGACAGAACUCUCCUGACGACCGUCGACGCCGUAGCUUUUCCGACUACCCGUCUCCUCCACAGGAUCCGCACGCCAACCCUGAGCACUUGCAUCCCAAUCGACCGCCCAUGCAACCCCGCCGACACAGCCAGCCUCGACACUAUUCUUCGUCCUCAACGUCUGAUUCCGAGGACGCGGCGAGUCCGCGAUCUAAACGUCGCCCUCAUACACAUCAUUCAAACGAACCGCCACCACCCGGUUUCCGUCGUAUGGGCGCUCCCUCGAUACCCCAGCCGCCACCUGUCACUCGUGUACAUCGUGCGGAAUUAAGACCAGAGGAUGCAAGGCGUCGUAGUAUUCCAGUCGUAGAUGGCAUCAGGGAAAAAAUCAGCGAGAAAGUGGCGUCCAUUCUUCCCACUGGACGAUCACCAGAAAGACAUCGAAGCACCUCCGGUCGUCGAAGCGAUCCACCAUCUCGCCGAAGCCGAGAGCACUUGCCUUCAUCUAGGCUCAACCGCAGUUGGCCCGAUAUUGCAUCGGAGGACUCGGAAGCUUCAGACUCGGAAGAAGAGCGCCGCCGCCGAUUCAAAGCCCGAGAACGUAGGGAACUGGAAGAAAGAGAGCAACGGGAAAGGGAGAGAGCUAGAGAGAGAGAUCGCGGUCGAGAGCGAGACCGUAGACGCGAAAGAGAAAGAGAAAGAGACCGUGACAGAGACCCAGAACGCGAGCGUGACCGUGACCGCGUCGUGAACUGGGAGAGAGAAGAAGAUAUGGAGGCUCGUAAGCGAAGGGAACGGCCGGUCGUGCGGCCUGAAGCGACACGCCGAACGAGUAGCCAUGCGGAUGUGGACCGCAUGCGAGGAAGGCCUGAGCCUCCAUGGGAUCCUCGGGAUCCCCGCGAUCGGGAACUGAGAGAUGAUAGAGAUAGAAAGCGAUGGAGAGAGCGCGGGGGAAGCCCGGUCAUCUCUGGCGUUGGGGGGCGACAAUACCCAGCUCCGCCGAUGCGGAACUAA